AUGCUUUUGCUACGACAGAUCGUUGUUUUGGUCUUAUUAUCUUCUUGGCCAAUCGCAUCGUUGAGUAAAGAGUCGAAUGUUCAAUGGUGGGCUGUUCAGUUGAAAGAAGACAGCAAUAGAAUCAAAGCUACUUCAGUAGAGUAUCUAGACAAAGUAGCCAUCGAUAUUGCCAGCCAAUAUUCGUUGAAACUCUACGGUCGUAUUGGAGAAUUAGCUAACUACUAUCUAUACUAUUCAUCAGUGGAUUCUCAUGCUGGCCAUAGUGUAUUGCAGCUCAAUCAGAAGUUACAGAAUCAUCCUUUCAUUCAAUGGCAUCAGCUACAAGAGAAUCUAGUUAGACAUAAACGACAAGUUGAAAGCCCUAUAAACUUUCCUGAUCCAUUUUAUCCUGAUCAAUGGCAUCUGCAUAACUUAAGAGAUCCAAAUCAUGAUAUUAACGUGACAAAUGUUUGGAAUCAUAAUAUUACCGGGAAGGAUGUCGUCGUCGCUAUCAUAGAUGAUGGUGUUCAAUGGAAAAAUGAAGAUCUAGUAGAUAAUUAUGUCUGUAGUGUAGCAUUGCAUUUCCUACGAUCCAGUUAUAAUUGUAGUCUUGCUAGGACAACAUGUAGCCAAAAUUAUGAAGCAGAGCCAAAAGGGAGCUGGGACGUAAUCGAUAAUGAUGACGAUCCGGUACCUGCAUUUGCAUAUCCACAGACUAAUUACCAUGGUACUAGAUGUGCUGGUGUUGCUUCAGCAGUAACCAAUCAAUACUGUGGUGUGGGGGUAGCUUAUGGAUCAAAAUUUUCAGCUAUACGUUUACUAGAUACGACCACUACCGAUGCAAAAGAAUCCGCCGCUUUCAGCACUAAAUCACAAACCAAUGAUAUCUACAGUUGCAGUUGGGGACCAUUGGAUGAUGGCAAAACUGUUGAUGGACCUCGAGAACUUACAAAAAAAGCAAUAUUGGCUGGAGUUACGAAUGGGAGGAAAAAGUUAGGCAACAUUUUUGUGGUUGCUGCUGGUAAUGGUGGCACUCUGGACGAUUGUAAUUACGAUGGGUUUGCCAACUCAGUAUACACGUUGACAAUUGGUGCAGUUACUGAAAAUUUAAGUCCAACUCCUUAUUCAGAGCCUUGCUCAGCGAUGCAUGCCGUUGCUUUUGGUGGUAGCUCCGGUUCAGCAAGUAUUACAACAACUGAUUGGAAAAGCGAUAGGAAUUCUGGCUGCACAAGGUCAUUUACCGGUACUUCGGCGGCGGCUCCAAUGGCCGCUGGGAUAGUAGCACUGAUGUUGUCAACAAAUUUUUGCCUGACAUGGAGGGAUGUCCAAUAUAUAAUUGCACUGUCGUCUGUUAAGAUUCGAGCUAAUGAUAAUCGCUGGAUGACAAAUACGGCAGGUUUCCAUCACCACCCUCUCUUCGGAUUUGGCUUAAUCAGCGCAUGGAAUGCUGUAAAACUAGCUGCGACUUGGGAAAAUCUUCCUCCUUCUCAACAAUGGCAAUCCGAUAAUUAUAUAGGAGAUUCGGGCCACGUACUAAUUAAUAACACCCAUACUUCCAGUGUUAAUGUUAAUUUUACGGGCCUAGUGUAUACCCUUGAGCACGUUGUUGUGUCUGUAAGUGAAAAAUAUGUCAAUGGAAAAAUAGUCUCUCCUAACUACAAUAAUCAGGUUCAUUUAGAACACUCGUUUAGAGGUAACAUAGAGAUUUAUAUACGAUGUCCGAGCGGGAUCGAAGCGAAACUUGCAAGUUCUAGGACUACUGAUAAUUCCAGGGAAGGAUUUAAUAAUUGGGAGUUUUCAACUGUUAGAUGCUGGGGUGAAAGUCCCUACGGCUUAUGGGAACUACGAAUAGUAGAUACUGGAUCUCGAAAAGAUGGCGUGUUAAAGUCAUGGUUCCUUAGAUUGUUUGGUUCUACAAUGCUGACUUCGGACGUUGCAAGAAAAAUAAGGAUUGCUCAAGAGGUAUCCACAUCGGAUAGUUUGCAAUUUAAUUCUGAGUGUCCACUAAAUCCGAGAAAUGUAACUGACGGUGCAGAGACGAGUAUUUAUCAGGGAAAUCCUCUUAAUCUAAUGUGCAUUGUGGUAUCGUACUUGCUGUCACGCUUCGUCGCCGAUUCUUAUUAUUGA